AUGGAUGCUGAAACUCUGCGUACCAUCUUGGAAGCCCAAACCAAGGGACAGCAGCAAAUGUUCACUGAGCUCAUGAAGCGUAUGGAAAGGAUGGCCUCCACUUCACACCCAGCCGUUCCAACAGCACCCGUCGCCACGGCCAAAUUCGUCACAAAUUCUCUAUCAACACGCUUGCCUGGGUUCGUGUACGAUCCGGACAAUGGUUGUACAUUUGACCACUUCUGCAUUCAACACCUUAACGAACUGCUAGUGGUUGCCCCCCAUCGCCAACGGAGUCAAGCUGCUAGUCUACCUAUCCGGAAUUCCUUCUAUCACGAUGUACGGAUCGGAGACUUGGGCAAUGUCGUCAGCAGAGAGGGAGAAGGUCGACCGCAUGGAAAGGAAGCCGCUUAG